AUGACAGACUCAACCACUAGAAGGGGAAGAAUCCUCUUCAUCACCAACACUGAACCCAGUGAAUCCAAUGUCUUCCUAGCCACCAUGCACGCCUUACUACAAAUCCAGCCAGACGCAGACAUCCACUGCGCCAGUCUAGGUGCACUAGCAAAUGGAGUCACGACUGUCGUCGAGAAUCUUCGUCAAAGCGUCCCGGACACAGAAGCGAUAACUUUUCACGAGUUAAGGGGUAUACCAAUGAAACAAGCCAUGAACCUCACCUUUUCGAGGCCAGGUGCACCACCCAGAAUUCCGAAUUAUCUCCCAGUCUCAGCGCUACAAAGACCUGGAUUUUUCAAAACAAUGCGCGCGGUGCGCGAUAUGAUCCCGCUAUUCUUACCGUAUGAUGGACCGCAACUUGUUGAAGUUUACUCAUCUAUCGUGGAAACUAUCCAGUCGGUUAAGGCGGAUCUGAUUGUCGUUGACACAUUGAUGACUGCCGCUCUCACUGCUUGCCAUCACUUGAAUGUUCGAUUUAUUUGCUUGAGCCUGAACUCACUCAAGGAAUUUACAGCUAUGGCGCAGCCGUAUAGAGCUGUGCUGUGGAAAUUUCCGUCGUGA